AUGGUGUGCCUGUCAAAUUUUCUGUUCCACCGCACAGUGCUUUUCUAUCCAUUUCAACGGCGAGCUUCCGAACCUCCAAAGCAACCCUUGGACCUUGCUGGUCCUCUCAUGGAUCUCUCAUCCCUCGAGGAUUAA